AUGCCUAUAGAGUCUCCGGUCGUCGAUGAGGGUGGUGUGUCCGAGGACCUCGAAGCGAGCAUCGGGCGGAUGUUAGCACUCCAUUCUCCUCAUCCCCGGCCUGUCCUAAGAUCGAGGGCGAGGGCGCUGACCAUUGUGACCUCGCCUGAGGGCCUGCAGCAGGAUGUUCAGAGUGACUAUGGUCCAAUGCAGUACCACCGCCCAUACCGCAGUCAACAAUCCGUCUCUACUCGGCUUUCGGCGCCAAACCUGCGUAUCGAAGUUCGCCCCAAGAUUAGGGUUACGUCUCCGUCUCCGCCACCGGCGUCUGAAUCUGCGACUCCUCAGUCCCAGUCACCUGCGACACCUGCAUCUACCCUCAGCUCGCCGAUCGCCGGUGUCGUUGACUUGACCAAGUAUGUGACUACCGUAUCGCCGUACGCGGUAGCGCAGGGCGGUCUUUCGGAUAUUUAUAAGGGAGAUUGGUACAAGAGGGAGUCCGAGGAUGGCGAAGAGAAGGUGGUGGUGGUAGCCAUCAAAUUGCUUCGCAUCCUCACGAAGAAGGAUCAAGACGGCCUUCGGGCACGAAAGCGCCUAAAUCGCGAGGUGUAUGUCUGGCAUCGCCUCGAGCACCCCAACAUCAUCAAGCUAUUUGGGACCUCCUACCAUAUGUCUGGCAGACCCGCAAUGGUCAUGCAAUGGUAUGAGAACGGCAGCGCUGCGGAGUAUCUGUCGAAGAAGAAUCCGGAGGCAGAUAGAGUGCGGCUCAUACUCGACGUCGCUCGCGGUUUGGAGUAUCUCCACACACACAAGCCUCCCAUCGUCCACGCUGACUUGAAAGGGAACAAUGUUCUCAUCACGGACGAAGGCCGAGCCGCUAUCUGCGAUUUUGGACUCUCGCAACUGGUCGAAGAUCUUGGCCGACCCACAGGAUUCACCCUUUCUAACCAAGACGUAGGUCCUCUAAGGUGGCAAGCACCUGAAUACCUGGAGGAGGAGGGGCCUGCCAGGACGACAUCUGAUGUCUGGUCGUUCGGAUGCACUGCAUUUGAGCUUCUCACCAGCCGCAUACCUUAUGAGCACCGCAUACGCGAUGCGCAAGUGAUCAAGGACAUGCAGAACGGCAUCACACCCGCAGGCACUGCGGGUGACCUGUGUCUGGCGUUUGACCCGCGGGUGAAAUACCUGCUUGAUCGAUGCUGGUCUUUCGAUCCCUCAGAGCGCCCGAACAUGACAGAAGUCAGAACGCAACUAGAAGAGAUCUGCGCCUCAUAA